CGGCAAUCUACGACCGUUUCCGAAGAGCUCCACGCAAUGCCGCCGCCCCCGCGCCCGAUGUCGACACCUCCACAAAGUCCACGGAACAGCAGUCCCCGCGAGACGACCGUCGUGGUGUGCAUCAACGUCCUUCCUCUGGUAUUCAGUCGCGCGUCUCUGACGGAAUCAUGUCCAUGGCAUGUCGAGUGGAGCACGAGUUCAUAUGGCCUCUUCCUCCGCAACAUUGUCUCCAAGCAAGGGUACAAGCCCAUGUUCAUCGGGUGCCCGGAAGUGUACAUCCCAAAGUCAGACGAGCAAUCCGUGCGUAUGCUGCUUCUGCACUCGUUCAACUGCAUCCCGGUGUUCCUGGACACGACCGUGGCGCAUCGCCACUUUCAAGGGUUUUGCAAGGGUGUGUUGUGGCCCAUCUUUCACAACGUCGUCGACGUGUACAAUUCGGCGGAGCUCAAGCUGGAUGACUUCACCGAGAUGUCGCCGUCGACCCCCGUGCAGGUUCAACCGGCCCCACCGGACCCUGGCGUCUGGCUUCCUCCUGCGUCGUGGAAUCCUGCGUCGCAAGACAAGUGCUGGUCCGAGUACUGUCAUGUGAAUCGACUAUUUGCGAAGAAGGUCAUCGAGAACUGGCAGCCCGGGAGUGUCAUUUGGAUUCACGACUAUCCGUUGCUCGUGCUCGCAUCGUACCUUCUUCGCAAGCUCCGCGGCGGCGGCGCGCUCGCCCUCUUCAUGCACGUGCCGUUUCCAUCGUCCGAGAUCUUUCGAACGCUCACCGUGCGCACUGAGCUCCUUCGGGCCAUGUUGUGCGCCAACCACAUUGGGUUUCUCGUCUUUGAGCACGCGCGCCAUUUCCUAACGGCAUGCAAGCGGCUUCUCGGACUCGACUACCGCACGUCGCACACUGGCAUGCUUGCGGUCGAGUACAACGGCCGCCUGGUGUUGAUUACGUGCAGCCACUGCGGCACCGAGCUCAAUCACAUGCGCGAUUUGCUGGGAAAACUCGACUCGGACGCCCGCGCGGUCGCGCUGCAGUCGUCGUUUGCGCCGCUGCUGACGGAAGGCGACCCGCGGCGCAAAAAGUACAUCUUGGCGUCCGUGGAUCGCUUGGAAGGUCUGUGCGGGGUGCCGCUCAAGUUGCGCGCAUUCGACCGGUUCCUGAGCAUGUAUCCGAUGCGACGAAAGGACACGGUGCUCGUGCAGUUUGGCAUCUCGCUCGACUGCAGGCCCAACGACUACCACCGCACGCAGCAGUACGUGGAGAAGUUUGUCGCCGAGAUCAACAGGCGGUGGGGCGCGCCGUCAAACCCCGUCGUCAUCUACGAGGAGCGUGUGCAUAUGCAGGCGCAGGAGCGAAUGGUGCUGUGGCGCCUGGGCCAUGUUUUCCUCGACACGUGCGUCCGCGGCGGGCUGUCGAUGCUCCCAUUCGAGUUUUUGGCCGCGCACCACCAGCACCCGGAUGACGACCCCGGCGUUGUCGUCGUGUCCGAGUUUGCAUGCUAUUCCCGGAUCUUGAAUGGCGCGCUGCUCGUGAACCCGUGGAAGGCCGACGACGUCGUGGCGGCCCUCGUCAAAGCGGUCGAGAUGCCGCCGUACGAGAUGCACUCUCGGUUCGCAUUGAACUUCAAGUUUUUGCUGGACAACCCAGUGUCCGACUGGGGAGGUCGGAUGCUCGCUGACAUUGAGAAAGCAGGGAUGCCUGCGCUGCCAUCGUCGCCCAACGCCGACGGGACCGGCGACAUGGUCGAGGUCGGGUUUGGCUUUGACUACCGCGUGGUGCAGUUCUCGCCUGGCUUUGCCGCGCUCUGCGUCGACGACACGGUCAGAGCGUACGCGAUCGCGUCCCGCCGCCUUCUCGUGUUUGACUAUGGCGGCACACUCAGCUGGACGCAGUGCGUCAUGGACGACGGCGCGCCCAUGUACUUGUACCACGACGGUCCCGCGGGCCGCGCCGUGGUGGACCCAGAAGCCCGGCUCGCGUCGGUUCGAAAGCGCGAUGGACAAGUUCGCACGCCCGUGUCGAUCGAGACGAAAGCGAGUUUGGAGUUGCUGUGCCACGACCCGUGCAACGUUGUCGUUGUGUGGAGCAACGGGCGCCGCGUCGAGCUCGAGCACGAGUUUGGAUCGAUUGCCGGGCUCCACUUGAUCUCGGACAGCGGGUACUUUCUCCGCAAAGCCGACUCGCUCGCAUGGGAGUCGCUGUACGCCGACAGCGCCGACGAUUUUGCGUGGAAGCACCAAGUCACGAACGUCGUCAAGACGUACGUCAGCCGGACGAACGGAUCGUUUGUGAUUGAGAACGACACGUCCGUCACGUUUGACUACCACAGCAGCGACCCCGAGUACGGCGAGAUGCAAGCCGCCGAGUUGUACGAGCAGCUGAGCCACGUGCUCAAGAAAGACAAGGUAGCGAUCGCGCGCGGCAAAGGGUUUGUCGAAGUGCACCGAUUCGGCGUGAACAAAGCGAUUGCGAUCUCGAUGGUGCUGAGCUUUUGCAAAGACAAGGUCGACCUCGUGCCCGAUUUCAUUUUGUGCAUCGGCGACGACGAGUCGGACGAGCCCGCGUUCAAAAGUACGUGCGGCGGGGAUGAAACGAUGCGAAUGGUCGCGAAUGUCUCACGACGUGUUGGUGGCGUAGCCAUCCGUGCGUUUGCCGAAGCGGAGAAGCUGCCGCAUGUCCUCACAUGCACCGUCGGCAAGAAGCCCAGCACGGCGCAGUGCUACGUGGUAACGUUGGCGGUGUCUUGGAAUCGUCGUCACAGCGGUCGAUGCGCUCGAAUUGUCUAGGACAGCGUGAGUGAAGUGCUGAGUUUGAUCGAUGCGCUGAGCGUCGUCCGAACGAAACGACUGGUAAGGGCAUGCAACACUGCGGGAAACGCGACAUGACGGCGGCCUGUGCAGGCGCGGCGCAACUCGAGUCCAACGUCGGCGGCGAGGCACCAGGAAACAGUCGCCGAGCAGAUGCAGCAGUCGUUCCAGAGGCGGUUUCUGAACGCUGGCAAGAUCAUUUCCCCCGUGUUUGUGCGGAAUCUGUCGAAGGAGUUUUCCAAAGUGAUCUCGACCACCAACUUGGAAGAGUUUUGCGUCGAUCGGUUCAACCCGGCGAUGCUGACGUCGCCCCGCGGCGCUGGCCGCACGGUCGACGACGACGCGACCGAGCUGGAGGCGGCACCACCAGCGUAUUGGCUUGACAGGACGUUCACGGCGGCGCAGGUGCUGCAGGCCGCGGCCAUCGGAGGCGCGCUCGGGUGGGGCUUGCGGCACCACCUGCGCCGGUUCUUUGCCGCCUGAGCGCCACAUCGACAACUGUCCCACAAAACCACCGAUUUAAACGUCGUAACAUCGUGAUGAAACUGCCACGUUUAACAGUAAAACGCGUUUGGCGAAACGCCGCGG